AUGGUUGAAAAAACUUGUCGGAUGACGCUGGGUCACAAACUGCGUGUUAAUGGGUUGAAAUGUAUUCAACGUAGAAUGAUAUUCAUAUCGUUGUGGUACACGCAGAUCCUGUGGAUUAACCCCAACGGCAACAGAAGAUCUUUGUCUGAAAAAGUAAACAACAUGGCUGAGUCAACAAGAAAGAAGCAGGAUAUUUAUCUUCUAGGCCAGCCUCUAAAAACUGCUAUUCUGUGUAACAAAGAAAAUGCAGUUCGCGAUAGUGAGACUGCUGUUAUAAGAGAGGUACUUCUAAUAUGGCAACGGGCCAGAAUUCCUACAACUCAAGAAUACAACGCCAUUAAGAAGCUGGAUGAUAUGUUUAAACUGUGGCAAGGAUUAAAGAAACAUUCUAAGAGAAACUCAGAUGCUCAAAGACGUCAAGAACAAGCAUUCGUUCAUUCACGAAAAGAUCUGUUUGAUAUAGCACAUGCUAAUGUUAUUGAACUGAUUCAGAUACAAAAAGACAGAGAAUUUUUGCUGGCACAAAGGGAAGCGGGACGGCGUGGUUAUAUGAGUGGUGUAGAUAAGAAUCUGGCGCUGAAAGAGGCACGCUCGUAUGAAAGGAAAAGAAGACAGGAGAACUACAAAUAA